AUGAAGGGCUUUGUUGGUGGAAUUCCCAUUGCCCUGCUGGCUGCGGCCGCGCAGGCCAUGGAGCACGGCACUCAAAACGGUCAGGGUAUGCAGACUCACAGUCACUACCCACACGUCGGUGGCACUGCCAUGGGCGGACCGUCUGGCAAUGAUGCUGAUGCUACCUUCAAUGGUCCUUUCACUGGCGCCAAUGUGCACACCCACACCGAUGUGGAUGAGUACAGCAAGGACGACCACUCCGUCAAGAUCAAGGACACUGAUGUUUACCCGCCUCCUCUUCGCCCUGUCUUCGGACCUGGUGAGGGUCCCUUCCCCAGGCGCAGCCUGUACCCUCACUACGGCGGCACUGUUAUCGGUGGUCCCUCCGGCAAUGAUGAGGGCCAGAGCUUCGACAUGCCAAUUACCGCCAAUGUUCAGACUACCGUUGACGAGUACGCCAAGGACGACCACUCCGUCAAGGUGAAGGACACCGAUGUCCACCCUCCUCCCGUCUUCAUUCCCCCAGGACCUCCUCACUCUCCUCACGGCCCUCCUGCCGGAUUUGGAGGCCCACCUGCUGGUUUCCGGGAGACUGCCAACCCCAACGGAGAGCACUACCACGUUCCGGCAUCCGCAUGGGAGAAGCGCUGGGGUCCUGAGUACGGUGGUACUGCCAUGGGAGGUCCCAGUGGCGGCGACGAUGAUGGCCCCGAUGGGUAUGACGGUCCCCAGGGAUUCAACGGCCCCUUCGUCUCUGGCGGCACUGCCGAAGGUGGUCCCUCCGGCAAUGACGAUGGCAUUAGCUUCGGCAGCCCGAUCACGGCCUCGGUUCACAACAAUGUGAACGAGUACAGCAAGGAUGAUCACUCCAUUGAUGUCAAGAACAAGGACAUCUACCCUCCUCCCUUCCCUCCCUUCGGCGCUCCCUUCAAGCGUCGCUGGGAGCCCGAGCAGGGCGGCACGGCCAUGGGUGGUCCCUCUGGCAACGACGGUGGUCAGUCUUUCUCUGCUCCUAUCACCGUCGAUGUCACCACCGGUGUUCACGAGCACUACGAGGACGACCAUUCCAUUGAUCUCCAGCACGAGGAUGUCUACCCCCACCCUUCUUUCCCCGUUGGCGGUGGUCCUGGACCUUUCAUCCCCCAGGGUGGUGCUCCAUUCCGCCGUGCCUACUCUCCUGACCGCGUUGCUGGCGGUGGUACUGCCAUGGGUGGUCCUUCUGGUGAGGACGGUGGCGUCAGCUUCGGUAACCCUACCUCUGUUGGCGUCGACAGCAAUGUGAAUGAGCACUCCGAGGACAAUCACGCUGUCAAGAUUGACAGCACUCACGUCCACCCUCCUGCCAUCCCUCACAUGCCGUGGAUGCCCUACCACGAGGAGGCUCCCAUUGAGCACCCCGGCCCCGUUGCAGUUCCCGAGGCCGAGACCCCCGAGGAGGCACCUGCUCCCCCAUCAGCUCCCGCUCCUCCAUCGGCUCCCAUCCCUGAGGCCGCCGAGGAGCAGCCUGCCCCUCCCUCCACCCCCCGCGAGGACGAACAGGAGGUCCCUCAGUGUUCCGCCCAGACACACGAGGUUGUCCACACCGUGACCAAGACUCAGUACAAGGAGGUCCACCCUACCUUGACCGUCUACGCGACCCCGGCCGAGUCCCAGGUCGUCCAGACCCCCGUCGCUGUGCCCAUGUCCUCCACCCCCCAUGAGUCCUACGCCGACCCCAAGGUCGACUACUCCGCGCCUGUUUCAUCCCUCGCCUCUUCCCCGAGCUACAGCUACGCGCCCCAGCGCCCCGCCAGCUCCAGCGCUGCCUACUCCAUGAUCCCCGUGCAAGUCGCCAUGGCCACUCCCUCGUCCAGCAGUGUGAUGAUGUCCAUGGCCACCCCCGCCAGCAGCCACGGUCUGCCCAGCGGUGCUGACGCCCUGCACCGUCCGUCUGCCUCAUCCAAGCCGUCUGCCGUGAUGUUCCAAGGCAGCGCUGCCCGUUUGUCGGGUGGAAUUGUCUCCGUCGCUGCCGCCGUCGUGGGUGUCCUUGCUUUCGUGCUGUAA